AUGGUGAAGUCAUCAUCGUGCAGCGAGAAACCAGCAGGGUUGAAGAAAGGGCCAUGGACUCCCGAGGAAGACCAGAAGCUCAUGUCUUACAUUCAACUACACGGCCAUGGAAGCUGGUCUUCCUUGCCUGCAAAAGCUGGACUCCGGAGGUGUGGGAAGAGCUGCAGACUGAGAUGGAUUAAUUAUCUAAGACCUGACAUCAAACGAGGCAACUUCAGCUCGCAGGAAGAUCAAACCAUUAUUCAACUUCAUGCCCUUCUCGGAAACAAAUGGUCGGUGAUAGCACAUCACUUGCCAAAGACAACAGACAAUGAGAUCAAGAAUUACUGGAACACCUGCCUGAAAAGGAGGCUCACCAGAAUGGGUAUAAACCCAACAACCCACAAGCCACUGAACGACGUCGUCAAGGACGCUGCCAACCUCAGCCAUAUGGCUCAGUGGGAGACUGCUCGGCUCGAGGCUGAAGCCAGGCAGCAAGUCAAAGAACACUCAAAGAUGCAGCUCCAGAACCAGCUCGGCUCCUCCUCCUCCUCCCAGCCUCAUUCUUGGUCGUCAACGUCAACUGAGAACACUCCCAUAAUGCGUAGCAUGUACGCCAUGAUGCUCGCCGCCGACGACCUCGAGUCGCCGGCGUCCACUUUGAGCUUCCCGGACACCGUCCCUACCAACUCCAAACGUACUGAUGGUAAUACUACCUUUGGGCUGAUCAGUCAAAGUUCACUUCCUUCCUCGUCUUCCCCUGUCACAGGCGGCGAAAUUAUGGCGGCGGUGGAAACAUUCAGAUCAACAGGGUAUGACUGUAAUUCCGUGCAGGAAGGUCUUCAUCAUGACGAUGUGUUUGGUGUCUUAAGUGUCGGGAAUGGAGGAAGCGACAACUUUGAGGAAGAGAGGCAAGAUUGGGAAGCCAUUCUCGAGUUGGUCAAUGGUUUGCCCUUAUCAGCACCCUGUUUUCCUGAGCUGUGA